GAUGAAACCUCUGCGCUGCUGCCAGCGCUUGAGCCAGUCCAGUCAGUCUCCAGUCCCUGGUGGAGUGACUCCCCUGUCAUUAUUAUCUUCAGGGUUUUUGGAGGGCCCUCUCGGUGAUGCUAGAACCGUUUCACGAUCGAUCAUGAUGGAGAGCUUUGUUCAGGCCCAGAACCCGCCGGCUGGCUUCAACGCCUAUAUAGAACGGCCUCUCGUCGCCCUCAUUCUGCUCUUGUUUUCUUUCCUUCAGCACACAGGCUUGUCUAAGUUUCAAUUCAUCCUUUCUCUUUCCCACAUUCUCUUUCCCCGGUCUGUGACCGUCACAUUCUUUCCAACCAAAACUCAUCAACUUCCAUUCCUUGAAGAAUAACCAUCUGGUAUACCGGUAUACCAGACUCUUUCACUAUCUUUCUAUUCUCCUAGAAAAAAACCUUUCCAAUCCACCAAAAUGAAGCAGGCUGGUUCCAUCCUCGCCCUCGCCGGGCUCGUCUCCCUGGCCCAGGGUCACGGUUUCGUCACCUCCCCCCAGGCUCGUAUGCCCGGUAGCGCCAUGGAGAAGGCCUGUGGCCAGCAGGUGUACAACAACCAGGAGGCCGACAACUACGGCAACGUCCAGGGUGAACUUCAGAUCGCCUCCGGCCAAAGCGACUACAACGCCGAUGCCUGUGACAUCUGGCUCUGCAAGGGUUACAAGUACGCCGACAACAAGGACAACGUCUACUCGUACACGGCCGGUGAGACCGUCGACUUCACCGUCGACAUCCGCGCUCCUCACACCGGUACCGCCAACGUCUCCGUCGUUGACACUGCCUCCAACACCGUCAUCGGCUCUCCCCUGAUCUACUGGAGCGUCUACGCCUCCACCUCUACCGGUGUCACCAAGAACGAGACCAGCUUCAGCGUCACCAUCCCCGAUGACCUCGGUGACAAGUGUACCGAGGGCGGUGCCUGUGUCCUCCAGUGGUGGUGGAACGCUGCUUCCAUUGACCAGACUUACGAGUCUUGCAUUGACUUCACUGUCGGCGGUUCUGGCUCUUCUUCGUCUUCUUCUUCCUCUUCUU